AUGCCUGCUUUUUCGGGGAAAUUAAACUCUCUGAGUGGUUUUAAACCUAUGAACAAUCUUAAUGGCAGCAAGCAGAACCCUUCUCGUCCUGUACGAUCGUCGCCCAUACAUCACCGUCCACCCUCGCCGCUAGCGCCGUCACCAAAACGCCAGAAGGUCGAAGAGUCUAACGCACACACUCAAGCUCAAUUCGUUCUUAUACCCGAACAUGACGAGAUAGCGGCCCGAUCGGUUCCGCGCAAACGUUCUUUUGAUAACCACAGCGAUUCCCAACAGACCUUUAUAUCACAAUCAUCCGCCAAAGGAGUCCAGUCGACUCGCGCGGUCGUCCCUGAACUUCGAGUCUUGGACAGUUUCACAAGGCCGCAACCUAAGAACCGGCCUCGAUAUACCACUCCAAAGCGCCAUGUAGGGCAACUGGGUAGAGAGGUUGGCGCCGGGACUUCUUUUGUCGGAUCUGAUAACGAAGACAGCGAUGGAGAUGUGGAGAUUGUGGCCCCUGGUGCCAUGCCAACUCCUCAAACGCACCAACCUUCAGAGGUCCGACACUCUAUCGAAGCAGUUGGGAAGCGCUUCAAGACAACAUCUGGUGCUCAGAGGCUCGAGGAUAUCAUUGAUAAUACGAUGCUGAACGAGAAUGGGUCUAUAAGCCUGGUUUCUAGCCCAGAUGAACUGGCACCAAAAACACAAGAUAUAAAAGAAAAAAUGCCAGCGAAGCGUCCUGCUCCUUCCCCGAGCUUGUCUAAAAGAGCUGAUAUUCCACGAACCAAGUUCACCCAGCCGUCUGGUACUAGACUCCAGGCUCCAGGGAGAGGGCUUAACGAUUUGGAUCGUGCUAUGAAAAUCAUUCACUCGCCGCUUCUCGUUGUCCAGGCCGUAUCGGGUGGCCAGCAAUAUGAAGCAGAUAAAAAGAACAAUACAGACAAAUGCUUCUUAAAUUUACGCGAGAUGAGCCAUAUCCUUCAUCCGGUGGAUUCUGAAGGCCAGCUCAUGAAAGCGUAUGCAUACCUUACGGUCAAUUUGCACAAGGUUCAAAAGAUCCGUGCCCUACCACGAACCAAUUGCCUCAUUGCCUCGGUUCAGCGUCCUAUUGACGGUUCAAUAAGUGGUGGUCAAAAGCUAAUAAUAAAAUUCUCGUCUCCUGCGGACCUAGAAGCGUUUGUUAAUUGGGCAAGAAUGAAUAAAAGAGAUGCUGAGAAAUUGGAUUUAGUGGAUGAGUCUACGUCUCAGGACCGCCUUGAGAGGGAACUUGACAACUUGAUGCUACUGGCGGGUAACCGUACUGUUUCUAGAGACAACGAGUCGAGAGGAGAUGAUAUGAAGUUGAUCGAGCACAACCUAGCAAAUGCAAGACAGGCGAGGACGACAAACCCGCCACAUGUCUUACCCCGCUCGGAGAAGUUGAAGGACGCGAUGAGGCAUUCUUUUCCUUCUCUAUCGAACCCUCAAGUAACGGUCUUACCAGAGGAUGCCCAGCCUCACAACAUUUCGCGGCAAGUACGCCUAACCCGUUCGACGUUCGCAGUCGAAAGCUCUAGCUCUCGAUCUGAGUCUCCAGAGCCUGAAGGUUGGACAACUCAACAUGUAGGAUGGGAGAAAAAUUGGCGUAAUUCUCUCGUAUUUCCUCCUCACGGCAAAGGCAGAGCUACCGUCGACAAGGACGAUAUUCCACGGUUGGACGAGGGCCAGUUCUUAAACGAUAAUUUGAUCAUCUUUUAUCUGCGUUAUCUCCAACAUACGUUGGAAGCACAAAGGCCAGAUCUUGCUGAAAGAAUCUAUUUCCAGAACACCUAUUUCUAUGAGAAACUGAAGUCAGCAAAGUCGACGACUCAGAGUAUCAACUAUGAUAGUGUCAAAGCGUGGACGUCUAAAGUCGACUUGUUUACGAAAGAUUAUAUUAUCGUGCCGAUUAAUGAAUACAGUCAUUGGUACGUUGCGAUCAUCUACAACGCACCAAAACUGGUCCCAUCUCCAGACAAGACAGAGGGCACCAGUGCUCGCCCUAAGAACACGAUCACUAUCGAGGAGGAUGUCGAAGAUUCCAGAGAAGUUUCCCGCGGGGCAUCCAGCGCUUCAUCUGAUAGUGCGAAAUCAGACGAACCCACAAGCUCUGAAUCAGUAAAGUCUAUAGCGCAGAGCGAUGUCACGAAUCAUUUUAGCCUCCCGGACACCGAAGGUCGAAAUGCAGAGAUACAACUGAUUGGUUAUAAGCAGGACGGAGCCGCAGAAAUGCAGCACAGUGAUGUCAAGGGAGAUGUGGAGCAUAUCGAACCGUCGAACGACCAUCUUCAGCGGAAGAAGACAGCGAAAGGAUACGGCACGGGUACUAGGAAGCAUAAUCCGGACCAGCCAAAAAUCAUCACGCUCGAUUCAUUAGGAUUGGCCCAUUCUCCAGCUUGCAGCUGUCUUAAACAAUAUUUAAUUGCAGAGCUCAAGGAUAAGAGAGGCAUCGAAAUACCAAAUCCUGGAGCUUUGGGUAUGACUGCUAAGGAUGUCCCUCAGCAAACAAACCACUGCGAUUGCGGGCUAUAUCUGUUAGGAUAUAUAACGGAGUUCCUCAAAGAUCCCGAUGGCUUCGUUCGUAACAUACUGUCGCACCAGGCCAUUGACUGGAACCUAAAUCCAUCAGAACUCCGAAACAAUAUUAGAGACCUGAUUUUCGAUCUUCAAAAGGAACAGCAAUGUCGAGAAGAUCUUCAUAAGGAAGAAAAGCGCAACAAAGCUAUUUUGUUGAAAAGGAGAGCCAGGGGCUCCAUAGAUGAACGACCUCUCAAACAACCAUUGAAGGAGCAGAUUACAUGUCGAGACGUGCCUGAGCCCUUGGAAAAGGACGAUAUCCACAAGGAGAUCGAUGUGGUCCAACCGAAGCCAAAAUUGACUACUCCCGAGGCCUCUACGGAAACUAGACCCAUUUCUAAUUCGGAGAAUCGGCCCAUUCCUGGUUCAUAUCCUCGGUCUCCAGCCGUAGCGAGUGCUAGUGUUACUGCAUCUAACGAAAACAACACCGAACGAACUAAGACUCCGAAGUUUGUCUCGCCACUGCCUGAAUCAUCCCGUGGUUCUUCACCGACAAGACCCAUGGUGGUUGAUGAUUCAGAGGUCCUCCAGGUACAGACAGAGAAUGCCAAACACAUUCAUGAUGAUUCUAAACGAACCAACUUGCCAGAAAAACCAGCCAGAGAAAUGCAUGGGCCCUGCCAUGAUCACGAUAAGCCAGUUGAUCAAACGCGAAAGCAAGAGGAUAUAUUAACACAUAGUCCUUAUUUCGCUGGCCGGCAACCCGGCGAUAAGAUGGCCUCGGCCAAAUUACGUGAAGAGCCGGUUCACUCGGAUAUCAUUGAUAUUUCUGAUUAA